AUGGUCGGCCUCUCAGGUUCUCGGUGGGCAUCCAAAGAUCAACAGAUCAACGCUUCAGCCAAUAAAUCAACAGCGGCUGAAGCGCGGCUCGAAGAACUCCUAAACGAGCAAAACGAGCAGAAGAAUUCCCCUGUCCCAAAAGGAAUCCUGAAUCCGCAAGCAGAAACUUUCUCGUGCAGUAGAAGAGAAGGUGGUGAGCAGAUCCCAAUGACAUUUGAUGAAUGGGCUGUACAGAACUCUCCCGAGUCCAUGUUCGGAGGUCGUCUCCCAUCGGAGGAAGGCCUCGAUGGAGAUAUCAUGAAAUACACGGAGUACCUUCUCUGGGAGCAUUUUCCAGUAAGAUACGGCGUCGCAUUUUCCAAUCACAUUGCCAAUAAACAUGCCGAGGAGUUAGCCAACUUUGACUACCAGACUACACACCCCUCCAUGGGGUUCCUGUCUUUUAAAGAAUGGGCCUGGAGGACUCGAUUGUGGUACAAGCGGAGCCAAUUCCCAGAACUGGAUGACUAUCAGCUCUAUCGAGCCAUGGUAAUACAGUAUGAACAAGGCCCUCUGCAGCAGUCUGCUGUGGAUUACUCAAAUUUCAAGAAACUCCGAGAACACCGGGCAACCUUCACCAGAAUCAACCUGGAAUACGAUGCUCACUGGUCUUCACUUGGUGUCUGGGGAAGGCCACGCACUUCCUCGCACUGA